AUGAGUCAAACAUCCCUGAAACAGAAAAAGAAGAAUGAGACUGGAUCGAGGAACUCAAAAGACAGCUUAGACACAGAGAAAAGAAAAGAUUCUGAGAAAUCAGGAGUUCGUCUGAGCACUCAGAUGAGGCGUGCAGUCAAUCCGAAUCACUUGCUGAGAUGUUGCCCCAUGCGAGGUCACUCGUCGUGUAGACGCUGCCUUUGUGCAGCUGAGGGAACAGUACCUCUUGGCCCCUGCCGCACAAUACGUAUUUAUAUUCACAUGUGCCUGUUGUGGGAGCAGGGCCGGCAGAUCACCAUGAUCAGGGUGAGCAGAGAUCAAACUACUGAUUUUGGAGGGGAGCCACAGGCAAUCUGGGGAUCACAGGAAUUAUCAUUGCCAAAGACUGAUUCCCGGGGGUACGUUGUGCGAAAUCAGUGGUCCCGAACUUCACGGAGUCCAUCCACCAGAGCUCCAUCAGUAGAAGAACCCAGAAGCAAGAACACCAGUCUUAAGCUCCCCAGUAGCUCCACAACCUCCCGGACUUCAUCCACCUCCCCCAGCCAGCAAGAGUCCCUGAAGCAGCUGUCAGAGGAGCCCUCGCCGCCCACACCACCUUUGCCUUCCACUCCACCUAUGCCUCUGGACUCGCAUCCUCCCACCCCGCCGGAGCCCUUUAGCUCCUCCAGGCGCAGCACCAAGAUGCACGAGAAUCCUGAAGCCUGGGCACAUGGCAUCGUGCGAGAAAUCCGGGACUCCCGGGACGCGAUGCCGCAGAGAGAUUACCCACGCACACCCCCCACCGAAUGGAAGGCCUAUACCCAGCGCAGAUCAACCUACUCUUCCCAGCUAGAUCAGGACUGUCUGUCAGAACUGCCCCGGCAGCAUCACCAACGUGAGGAAGAGGAGGACGAGGACGAAGCCUACUGGGCCUCGGUGAAAACUCUGUAUGAGAAGAUCCCCAGCUGCUCCCGCCCCCGACCGCCCAAACCCAAGAAUGCCAUCACCAUCGCUGUGUCAUCCAGGGCGCUUUUCAACAUGGUGGACGGGAGAAAAAUCUACGAGGAGGAGGGUCUAGAAAAGUACAUGGAAUAUCAACUCAACAACGAAAAUGUCAUCCUGACCCCAGGACCCGCCUUCCGCUUUGUUAAGGCACUGCAGCAUGUCAAUGCUAGACUCCGUGAGCUGUAUCCUAGUGAACAGGACUUAUUUGAUAUUGUACUGAUGACUAAUAACCAUGCCCAAGUGGGAGUGCGGCUUAUAAACAGCGUCAAUCACUAUGGCUUAUUAAUUGACCGCUUCUGUCUGACUGGUGGAAAAAGCCCCAUUGGCUAUUUGAAGGCAUAUCUUACCAACUUGUAUCUUUCUGCAGAUUCUGAAAAAGUACAAGAAGCAAUACAAGAAGGCAUUGCCUCUGCAACAAUGUUUGAUGGAGCCAAAGACAUGGCUUACUGUGACACACAGCUCCGUGUGGCCUUUGAUGGGGACGCCGUACUCUUCUCUGAUGAAUCUGAACAUAUUGCCAAGGAGCACGGGCUGGACAAAUUCUUUCAACAUGAAACACUAUUUGAGAAUAAGCCUCUUGCUCAGGGUCCCUUAAAAGGCUUUCUGGAAGAUUUAGGCAGACUGCAAAAGAAGUUUUAUGCCAAAGACGAACGGUUACUUUGCCCUAUCAGGACCUACCUGGUUACAGCCAGGAGUGCAGCCAGUUCAGGCGCCCGAGUGCUGAAAACCCUUCGCCGCUGGGGUCUAGAGAUAGACGAAGCUCUUUUCCUUGCUGGAGCCCCCAAGGGUCCUAUUUUGGUGAAGAUAAGGCCGCACAUUUUCUUUGAUGACCACAUGUUCCACAUUGAAGGGGCACAGAAGUUUGGCACCAUCACAGCUCAUGUACCUUAUGGCAUUAAUCAAAAAAUGAACAAUUAG